ACUGUCUUGCCGUGCCAUUGAUUAGUCGUUUGCUGGCAUUUUCUUUGUCAUAAAGUGGCAACGUGCGCGCGGUGGCCGUGAUUUAUGGGCCUUCUGGGAAUCCGUCCGGUUUCGUUGGAAAUAUACGCGCGAACAGAUAAGCUGCCGAAAUCAUGAAAUCGAAUUAUCUGCUAUUGCUGGGAAUGAUUUAUUGGUGUUGUGCGUUCGGAGCGAAUGGGGUGUGAAAUAACCUACGCGCACAACAGCUAAAAAAAUAAUCAUCACCAACCUAAAUAUUUAAGUCAUCAUGAUUUCAACUUGCAUUUGCUUUCGAAAAUGUGCUGCAGCAACCGAAGAUGAAGACGACCCACUGGUGACGACCCUUUCGCCGGCGGAGGAAUACCUGAAAAACCCGUACUGCUUUCGGUUCACCUGGCUGGGACCGAAGUACAAUAAGGACAGCCCGUACAAGAACGUGUCCUGUGACAGCCUGAUGAAGAAGGCCACCGGUAUUCCGUGCUUCCAUCCACUGGUGGUCACAAAUAAUAGUAACGUGCCCGACACGGAGUACAUGUGGCACGAGUACAGGGACAAGCCGGCACAAAUUGCGUGUCGACUGGUGCGAGGCGAGGUUUGCGCUAGGUUCACCUAUCGAUACAAUGGAGCAAUCGAAAACAUCACGUACAUGUGCGCUAAGAUGAACGUGGACAACGAGUCGUCAACGGCGUCUACGUGCUACACCGAGGACCGAAGUGGGCGCGAGAUUGAGGUGUGCGUUUGCGAGUCCGCCGCCGGGAGAACACCCUGCAACCGAAGCAGCACCAUCCUAACCCACCUGGGUCAACCGGUCGUCCUUAUUGCUCUGGCUCUACUGCAACUGCUGACUCUGCGUGCUCUGUUCCACUAUCAUCAGUGAAUAAAUUUGUAAGGAAUAUGGCUUCCUAUAAAAAUGACGUCAAUUAUCUAAUUUAAUCAGCCAUUAGCAUAAAUUAGCAUAAACUACGAGCGAAGACACUUUUCCUCCCGGAUCCAGCCAUCGUUGCCCUCCCCACCACCAUCAACUCAUCUUCGUCUGAUGAAAGCUUAAUAACGAUGUCACUAUAAAAGAUCGCUUUCUUAGCUCGGUGUCGACGACAUCUACGUCGUUGUUGGAGCUUUCAGAUUAAAUUUACAUUCCCCGCGAACCCCCCGCUCCUAAUCUGCAAAUCUGCGUACCCUGGCAACCACCGAUGCGUCCCCUCCGCGCCAGUGCACAUUGUGUUUGAUUAAAUUUAAUUUGCCAAAUUUAAUUAAACAGAUCCCUCGAUGUCGUCGCUGCCUUGACGGUGCUAUAUCGUCGUAUAAAUAUAACUACCGGUUGCAAGAUUGCAAACUUUCACGUCUCCCCCUAAUUUCGUGCAAAUUAUCCGGUGCUCGCGCACGUACGCGAUGGAUGGUCGGGGGGUAGUUGGCCCCAUCACUGUGUUCCUAUAGUUGCCUCGUCUGUGUGAUGUCUAUUAAUUCGUACGCAACUUAAACGAUCCAUUUCGGAGGGUGAAUUAAGUGACAAUAGAGGCAUAUGGGAGUGAGAGAAGUUGAAAAUUGAAAUGUUGGUAUUGAAAAUUCUAGUCCUGAGGAGAAUGCGUAAGUCGUGUUAACAAUUUGGCUUAAAGAUAGUUGGUGAUAAUAUUUCUCAAAUUCAAUGAAAAUUUUUAGAAAAAAUAUUUAAGCUCUUUUAGCAGGGUGGCCAGUGAAUUUCGAAUUUCAAAUUCCCGGUCAUUUCCCGGUUUUCUCCCGUUAUUUUGGAAAUUUCCCGAAAAAAUAUGUAUAUAACUAUUAGAAAAAAAAAUCAAGAUCCCACGAAUUUAUAAAUAUUAAAAAUAAAAAAGAAUUUCCACAUAAACAAUUAUUACUGCAACUGCAAAAUAAAAGUAGAAGAGUGAUUUUUGCUAGCCUAAUAAUACUAUUUAGACAUUUAGACAUUGCGACAUUGCAUAUUUAAGAUUAUCACAUAUGCU